AUGGACCCCGCCGCCGCAGCCGCCCUCCGCCGCCGGCGCCGGCGUAGAGUCCCCGACGCAGACCGCAAACGCGCCCCGCGCGCCUGCGACCGCUGCAAGGCCCGCAAGAACAAGUGCGUUGAGACGCCCUCCGGCACGUGUGUCCGUUGUCUGCAGGGUUCGCAUCCGUGCCGCUUCGAACGGGAGCGCAGUCCCGAGGACGUCGUCGUACCGACAACUGGCGAUGACACUCACACGAACAACGUCGCAGCGCAUGCUGAGACAACGACGGACCUCAAAGACGACGUCGACUUCUCCCCCACCGCCGGCGCGCCCCCAAGCGAAGCCUUCAUGUGGCCGCGCUUUCUCACCCGCCUCCGCUCCGCCUUCUGCCUGGACACCCACCCCGCGCCCGCUUCCCCCGACACCUCUCACCCCCAAGCCCGCCCGCCUCCGCCCGCAGACUCCCAAUCCCCCGCUGAGCUGCGCCGCGUGCGCAAGGCCGUCCGCGACUUCCCCCCGCGCGGCGUCGCUGAGUUCCUGCUCGAGGUGUGCAUCACCUACGGGACGGACCUGUUCUUCUACUUUGACCAGGCGCAGCUGACCGCCGAGCUGGGCGCGUUCUACAGCGAUGAAGGUUGCAGGUUACGGAGUGACACGGGCUUCGUGUGUUUUGUGCUCGCGGUGUUUGCACUCGGCAGCCAUUGGACGAGUCUGGCGCGCCCGACGGAGGAGGAUGAGAGGCUGGUGGGGAAGGAGGAGGACCCGGGUAGGAUAUUCUACGACCAGGCGAGGAUUUUGAUGGCCGAUCUGAUUGACCGGCCGUGUUUGCGGUCGGUACAGGCGGCGUAUGUGCUGGGCGUGUACCUGAUGCCGGCGAGCGCGAUUAGUGCGUCGUAUGUGUACAUGGGGCUGGCGUUGCGGAAGGCGCUGGCGAUUGGGCUGCAUCUGGAGCCGGAUGAGCCUGGGCUGAGCGAGGAUGAGAAGGAGAUGAGACGGAGGCUGUGGUGGUCUGUUUAUUCGUUGGAGAGGACUGUGACGAUUAAGUUGAACAGGCCGAGGUCGAUCAGCCAGGAUAUCAUCACGGCCCGCCUCCCUCGUCCGGUCCCUCGCGACGCGGAGCAGAAGUUUGAUAAUGUGCAGCAUCAAAUUGUGUAUGCGCAGCUUGUGCGCAUUAUCGACAAGCUAUCUGAGCCAGCCGCCUGGUCAACAAACUCACCCACAAACCCCGUAUCAACCUACGAAGAAGCCCUCAAGUCCUGGAAACGCUCCCUCCCACCGCCCCUCAAACUCCAAAACAUCUACCCGAAAUCCCCCGGCUACCGCGCCGUCUUCCACCUGCACCUCAACUACUACUUCGCCUGGAUCGACAUGGGGAAAGUCUCCGUGGUAACCGUCGUGCGCGCCCGCCUGCGCGCGCUCUUCUGCCCCUCGGACCCGCCGCCCGCCCCCAGCGCGGCCGUCGAGCAGGCCGCCGACGCCUGCAUCCGCGCGGCGAAGAAGAUGCUGGAGCUGUUCGAGGGGCUGAGCCGCAGCGGCAACAUGGCGCGGUUCUCGUUCACGGACCUGCAGGGCUGCAGCAUCGCGACGAUCGUGGUGCUGCUGGCGGGGAUACUGCAGCGCGACGCGGGGUAUGACGGGCGGGUGGCGUUUGGGCUGGAUUGCUUGCGGAGGAUGGCGGGCGGGGGGAACGCGACGGCGGGGAUGGGGGUCAGGUUUGUGGAGGCGUUGAGGGGGAUUACGGACGAGGCGAGGGGGAGGUUGUUGCGUGUGCAGCGGACGGAGACGGCGCCGAGCGUGGAGGGGAGGACGACGGGAUAUGGGGACUGGGCGGAGUGGUUGGCUACUGCUGAGGUUGCGGAGAGUUCCUCGGAAGAUGAGGAGGAUGAGGAGGGGUCUGGGGAGCAGCCGGCGGAUGUUGAUGAUGGAGGGGCGUCAGUACCGGAUGUCGAGUUGUCGGAGACGUGGGACGAGGCGGCGGCGCUGCAGCUUCAGGAGUUAUCGGCUUCGGGGUUUGAGCUGCCCCUCAACGGUGUUCAUAACCCGGAACUGAUGGAAUUGCCGGCUGCGGAUGAAGGCUGGCUGGCUUCGUUUCCGUGGAGCGACGACCAGAUGUAUCUGAUGGGGUUGACGGGGAUGGACGUUCUCGACUUCACGGGGGGCCUGGAGUAG